UUUGAUUUGCUUCCUUGAUUGUGAUCAAUAAACAUAGAUGAAAAUGAGAAACGGUGCAGUAUUGGUGGUGAUGGUUAUCGUUUGUUUUACAAGCAUCAUGGGUCCUGCAGUAGAAGCUAAGUGUCCACCUCCUCCUCCUCACAAAAGAAAAACUCCUCCCCCGCCACCUCCCAAAACUUCAUCCUCUUCCCCUCCUCCUCCUCUUACCACAACUUCUUCUCCUCCUCCGCCGCCGGCUUCUUCAAAUGGGGGAAGUUGUCCACUAAAUGCAUUGAAAUUAGGAGCCUGUGUGGAUGUGCUGGGAGGGCUGGUAAAUGCUACCAUUGGAGAUCCCUCUGUGAACACGUGCUGCCCUGUUUUGCAAGGCGUUUUGGAAAUUGAGGCAGCCCUGUGUUUGUGUACAACUAUUCGGCUUAAGCUUCUGAACCUGAACAUCAUCCUUCCCAUCGCCCUUGAGCUCUUCGUUCAAUGUGGCCUUACCCCUCCACCUGGAUUUACUUGCCCACCUCUUAGUUAAAGAUUGGAAGUCUACAGCAGCAUGCCUCUUUCUGGAACGUGCAUACAGAUCUGGUGUUGGAUUUGAUUUGAUUUUUUAUUUGUCCUGAAAUGUAUUCUGUAUUCUGCUCUAUUGAUUUUAAGAUUAUUAGUUACUAUAACCGAGGAUAUGAAAUAAUGACGUCAUGCGGUUUGUAAACUCUCUUUCGUAGAGUGAGGUUAAACUCAUCGGUAUAAAUAAGUUAAUACUGUUUUAUUAUGUAAGGAAUCAAUUCGAAAUUUGAAUA